UGAAAACAUUUUUCAGAUCUCACAGAAUCUUCUAGAACUCGGUCAAACUGUUUAUAAACUCGUCUUCUGUCCGCUGUCCGCUACACAUAAUCGUGAGCUGUUGCUGUAAAAGUUUAAACAUCAUUUUAACAGUGAAGUUUAUCUGACAUUUGCUAAUUAUUGUAAAGACUUACAAAUUACUUAGGGAUCAACACUGUAACCAUGUCUUUAAGCUCGGGAAGUCCAUUGCAGACUGAGGCGUUCAAGCAACACGUUCGGCGUCACUGUGAGCAGAAACUGGCAGAGGGCUUGCCGACCUCUUCCCCACAUGCUAAUCGUCUACACCCAGCGUCCGGUCCUCGGUUUCAGCUCCACGAACAACGCCGGUCCAGCGAUGGUCAGCUACCGCCGAUGUUUCCCAGCAAGGGCGUCCCAAUUGGGUCAACACGUGCUUCCCAGCAGUUCGUCCCAAAGACAAAAAGCGGUGGUGUGAAACCGCCUGUCGGCGACGUACGACGGUCUAGCGAUGGCCAGUUACCGCCGAUGUUUCCGGUAAACGACGGUCAGAUAUUCGUUGGACCUCCACCCGCGAUGAUGCCCCGUCAGAUUAAGCCAAUAAGAGGCACCGACCCUGUAUUCGACGCCGAGUUACGUAGGUCAAGUGACGGUCAACUGCAACCGAAGUCUUCCACCAAGGACCCUUUUAAGGGUCCUCCAACUAUGAUGAUCCCCAAGCAUAUCCAGCAGCAGAGCGGCAGUGCCGAGGUGCAAGUGAGUCCCAAGGAGUUCCGGGUGGACGUGGAUGUUGCCGCGUACGCGCCGGAGGAACUGGCCGUCAAGAUCGUGGGAGACCACGUCGUCAUUAAGGGCAAACACGCCGAGGGGAGCCCGGGGGAAAAGGCCAAUGUCACCCGGGAGUUCAGCCGCCGGUACACGCUGCCCGAAGACGUCAUUGUGGAGGAUGUCUCGGUGUUUUUGGCCAAGACUGGGAAGCUGAGCGUCAAGGUGCCUCGACGGAUGAAAGAUCAUGACGAAAAACACGCAGCGGAAAAACACACAACGGAAAGGAAAAGCAAAGUCAAGUUUAAAGAAUGACUUAAGGUGAUCUAGAAAAAAACGAACAAGACGUCUUUCUGACUAUCCGAUGCGAUGUUGUACAUGUACUGUAAUCGGUAUUAGCCUCUAGCUUUUGAGCAAUGUGGAUGUUUUUUUUUGGCUUGUUGAAUGCGCAGAUAGUUUCUAUUAAAACAAUUAUUCCUUGUUAUAAUUUCUAGUACUCGGUGAAGUCUAAAUAGAGGAAGAGCAGGAACGGAAAUUUGCAGAAAAUUUAUGUUCCGUUUUUCCAUAAUAACGCCAAUCAUUUCGGCAUAAUACAUGUGCAGUCGACUCUCGUCGUUAAUACGAGGUCCUCGGGACUAAAUAUGACAAUAGCUCUUAUUAAGCGACAAGCAUUUUUCGCGCACUCGCCAACAUGCAUCAUGGAUCGUUCAUGUAGCUCAUGCAUAGGCCACAUGCUCUUGUUGAAAUUGCAAUGAAUUUGCCUUCAAAAGUUAAAUCAUGUUCUCCGAAAUCUCGUCUUAACUGUGCUCGUAUUAACGAGAGUCGACUGCAGAAGCAUAAGGAAUCGCAUUCACAGCGAGUCAAAGUUCUUAUUUGUAAGAUGGUUAAUAACAGCUGCAGACAUAAAUUUAGUGAGAGACUCUAGUUUGAACCAAUGUUCAUCAGGAACACUGUUCCACAUCCUUACUAACCUAGGAAUAAAGCAUUGUUGAUGUAUGGCAGGUAUAGGAAAAGUUAGGGAGUGGUUAUGUGCAGCAGAUGCAAGAUAUGUCUUAAGUUGAAAGGUUCAUCUGGGGCAGGCCUGCACAGGAUUUAGAUGGAACUAAAUGCCGCUCUUUACACUAACGGUCUUCAACAUUUCUCAUAUUGGUCAGUGGCUGAAGGUUUUUAAGCUCUGACAGGAGCUUUAACAUGUCACUUGGUGGUUGGUCGUGGUGUCUGUCUGUCUGUCUGUCCCUCCCCGAAAAUUGACCAAAAGUAUGGUGUUCCAUAUGUGCCAUUGACGCCACAUUUUUAGGCAUUGCAUUUUUAAGCUGUGGCAGGGAUCAUUUUGAUCGAUUUCAUGCAAGACCUUCACGCAAGACUUCUUGCAACACGGCCAGAGCUUAUUGUGCACUCGCACUUGUUUUAACAAAAAGAAAAUUGCAUUGCUUAUGUCUAGACCAUAGUGCCAAGGCAAGCAAAGCAAGAUCACAGAGACCGUGUGAAUGCAUGACUAACCAACACAAUUGCAUAAAACUGGUAAUUAUGAGGGUAAAUUAAGCAAAUUUAUUAUUCAAAUUCUCAUCCAAUGUUUACAUCAAGUUGUAGUAGGGAGCAAAGCAGUGAAACAUUAAAUCUACUGACUUUCAAUAGUUGGCUCAAUGGACAAAUUAUAUUUGGAGCCAGACUUCACAUUUCAUUCCGAGUCAUUCAUUUUUUUUUUUUAAGAUGGAUGUGCUAAACAACAAUUGCACUAUUUUAAGACAACUUGUUCCUCUCCACCCUUACCUAUUCAACAACCGCAUUUUUGGGGUUGGACACAUUCACAGCGUAAACAUGUGCAAACCACAUAAUUCCACACACUAAUUAAAUGGUAUGAGAAAUCCCACCACAUGAUACUACAAGUUAUUAUAAGGUCUUCCAUCGUAGUAAACUGUUGGCCAAAGUGAUUUACAGUGAAAUCUCGAUAAGUCAAACUCUGAUAACUCAAAACUGAAAGAAUUCCAUACAAGGCCACCACUCAGACCUCCUGCACAAAGUCUAUGGGCCAUUAAAGAAAAGGUAGAGUAUUAUCAAAGAAUUUUGCACUCCUAAAAUAGUGUUUCUUCAUCAGAUUUACAACUUUGGGUACUUUUCAGGUCAUAUUAAGGAGUUUGAGUAUUGGCCUUGUAUGGAAUUCUUUCCACUCAAAACUCUGUUUUAAGUCAAAAUUUGAACCUGUUCCCUUGAGGUUUGACUUAUCAAGAUUUCACUGUAGUUUCACUGUGCAAUAACAGUGAAGAUGACAGCAUUUCAACACCACAAAUUGUAUAUAUAUAAGGACAUGGCAGAAAAGUUAAACAAACUGCCUAUUGUGAACAAGCUUUCGUUCUAUUGACUGCUUAACUCACAAAAUGGCCGACUGGAGUGGAAGGAGUGGAAAGGGUUUAUGUAUCAAAAAAAGGGUAAAACAGUUAAUGCGAAAGUUGGCCUAGUCAGCAAUAAAAAACAUGAUAGGAAGAAUUGACUCCCAUAGCCGCUGGCAAAAACUCGGCAGCCAAUCGGAGUGCAGAGUGUUCUCAACUAGCACUGCGAUUGGUCCAACAUGAUAUGGAUGUAAACCGUACUGGCCAAUCGUAAAUGCACAAUCCCUGCCUUGGACUCCAAUCCAUAACACCUGAUGAGUUGGGCUUUAUACAGAAUAAAUAAAGCAAGUAAUACACAAAAUUGAAAUACAAAAAAAGGGAUCCAAGCUAGAAGAGUGCGAAACCUGACACGUGUUGACUUAUUCCACUGUGGCGUACACUGAUGAAGAUUAUUGAUUUCGGUACACCUUUUACGACAAACAUGUAAUACUGCGCGUUGGCUUAUAAUAUAUUAAAUCAAACAUCACUUACAAGAUAGCACAUUACUUUGUCACAUUGAUUCAAGCAAGUGCAACCAAGCGGAAGAAUAUAAAAGUCCUGGUUUUCUACCUGAAAUAUAUUUGGGGGGAUUGGAAGAAAGUUUGAAAUCAACCUCUGUGGUCCCUGCCUGAAAUAGUUCAACUACAAGAAAACUAGUUUACUUUUGUGCAAUACUAGCUGAUGAAAGCAACAGCACUGGCCGACACAAUGGCGCCGUUACACAGUGACGAUAUGUACAAAAAAAGAAAGCCCUUCCCCAUCUUAUGCUGCACUAACACAAGGAAUCACAAAAAAAGUUUAAAAUGGUGUUCAAAUUUCUAGCCUUCCUCUGUGUAUUUUAUAAAAUAAUGGAGAAGCAUUCACAAAUGUGACCGGCUCAACAACAAAAAAAGGGUAUUAAGUCGCA